UUAAAACAAGUAAAAAUCUAUUGCCCGCCUUUGGAUCUCCACCGCCAACAACAAUUCGGGCCUAGAGGAACGAUUUCAUAUCACUGUGCCGUUAGUUUUACUGCUAAAGACUUUGGACUCGGUAUGGAUGAAGCCGACACGAAGCUGAGAAAGGCUGGGGGUCGCCUUUGUUGUAUCUGUAACCAGAGAAGGGCUGCUCUGAAGAGACCUAAAACCCUAGAACAGAUAUGCAGGGAGUGUUUCUAUGAGGUUUUUGAGGAGGAGAUUCACCAAGUGAUUGUAGACAACCAGCUAUUCAAGCCCGGUGAGCGUAUUGCCAUUGGCGCAUCUGGUGGAAAAGAUUCUACCGUUCUUGCUUAUGUACUGUCAGAGCUGAAUCGGCGCCACAACUACGGAUUGGACCUCUUCCUCUUGUCAGUUGAUGAGGGCAUUACAGGUUACAGGGAUGACUCACUGGAGACUGUCAAAAGAAAUGAAAUGCAGUAUGGCCUGCCACUAAGGAUUGUUUCUUACAAGGAUUUAUAUGGAUGGACAAUGGAUGAAAUAGUGAAGAUGAUUGGUUUAAAGAAUAACUGCACGUUCUGUGGUGUUUUCCGUCGUCAGGCCCUCGAUCGAGGUGCUUCUUUGUUGGAAGUGGACAAGCUGGCUACUGGACAUAAUGCAGAUGAUAUUGCAGAAACAGUUCUCUUGAACAUCUUACGAGGUGAUAUUGCUAGAUUGAGUAGAUGUACAUCAAUAACAACUGGUGAAGAUGGACCAAUUCCAAGAUGCAAACCUUUUAAGUACACGUAUGAGAAGGAGAUUGUAAUGUAUGCUUAUUUCAAGAGGCUAGACUACUUCUCUACCGAAUGCAUAUAUUCUCCAAAUGCUUAUCGUGGUUUUGCUCGUGAGUUCAUUAAAGAUUUGGAGAGAAUAAGGCCCAGGGCCAUACUUGACAUCAUUAAAUCAGGAGAGAAUUUCAGAAUAGCCACUUCAACAAAAAUGCCAGAGCAGGGUACCUGUGAACGCUGUGGCUACAUUUCUAGCCAGAAAUGGUGUAAAGCUUGCGUCCUGCUGGAGGGACUGAAUCGAGGUUUGCCUAAGUUGGGCAUAGGACGGAAUAAAGGCCUCAAUAAUGAUCGUAAAAAGGACGCGAAACAAACUAGCGGAGCAAAGAGUAUAGAGAGCAAACAGUGUGGAACAUUGGAUUUCUGAUGGCAAACAUAUGCGUCACCUCCUAUAAUGCCAUUACUAAUUGCACGGAAUUGGUUUACCAGGACAAGGAAGAGCAAUAACAUUAAGGAAAUGAACUAGCGAAUUAGAGAAAUUCACUUAAAUAUUCUUUUGCUGAGUUGAAUGACAGCAGCAGCAGUAAACAAAAGAUAUGUAAACGAGAUUUGUCUUGGACGAAGCUGAGAGGAAUUCACAUAGAGAAGCAGCCUCUCAAACAAUUUCUCAGCAGCAUUGCCAGUUAAAUAACAGACUUAACAGUAUUUAUAAAUUAUAUAGACGAUUCUUGUUGCAUAAUCAAUGUAAUCUUAUGGAUGUUUGGCUGCUAUUUUU